AUGGAUCCCUAUCAGACUCAACAGCCACAACCCAGUCAUGAAGCCCGCUUUCACUACUCCAAACCUAACUAUGCUCAACCUUCGCAAUACCAACAGUUUCCUCCACAUCCAUCAGUGAGAGUACCCCCGAAUGUCAAGUUAAGUGCCCGCCAAGUGCCCGCCGGCGUUGGCACUGCUCCUCCUCCUAUCAGGUUUGACAGCUCUUCUCGCCAGCAGCAGCAGAAACCUACAGGGAAUGGAAUUCUGGUGCAGAAUUUCAGAUUCCCUAUUGCUCCACCAAUACCUCCAUCUUCAGGAAGAAUCAGACAUGACCCUUCGCAGUCGCCAGGUCGCAAGUACAAUAUGCAUCAGUCCUACAUGUCAUCAGUAGCCGACGAAUAUGCUACUCCCGGAACAACACCUGGAUCGAGAUCAAGAGGAUUCCCAACCCCAACGUCCAAACGCUACUCAGGUUCUGUUUAUGCUGAAAGUGAAGCUCUAGGCCCUGAGGAGCGGUUCUAUCCAGGUGAUCCAGAUGAAUAUGAUGAUGAAUCAGACCUGGCCGGUUCGCCAGAUCCAAUGCCACAAGUCGUGCGGCAAGCAAGCCUCGGGAAACGAGCCAAGCCAGCCCUUACUACUAUCAGGAAUCGAGACAGUCAGAUCGAGCAGAAUAUCCCAGAGGAAUUUCCUGCUCCCCCCACUCACAUCAACCCCAAAGCGACUAUGGAAGCCCUCAGUGCAGCGGUGGCUGCUGGUAUGGGUACCCAACAUACCGGGUCGGGUACGGGUACCCCUAUCUCGCGCAGUCACACUCCUGUUAGGAUGCCAUUUGACACAUCCCCGUCCUCUACCUCGGCGGAUAAAGAGUAUCUACAGACUCCCAAAUCUCCGAAUACAAUCUCUUCUGGAAUGCUUCUUACUCAGACCCCUGCCUCGUCACAUUCCCAGAAAUCUACCAACAAUCUGCUUGGCUUGGGUAUUGAGCAGCCGGCGAUGAGUGACAAGAUCCCUGCCAAUCGAAGACCGCCUCGGUUGGACAUGGACGCUGUCAGGGAAGCCGAGAGUCGUGGCAGCACAACCAGUCUGGCAGAUUUGAUCAGACGGGCAACAAAGCUUGCAGCCAAUCUCGACAGAGGAAAGACUGCAAGCCGACUGGGCAUGUUGGACAUGUGGGGUAGUGGUGAAAAGCUGGGCCCUAACAAUCGUCAUUCGACCAUGUCCGACAUGCUGUCAGCUUUCCCUGCUCCAGCUAUAGGUGGUACCCCGACGAAACGAGAUACGCUGUGGCCAUUAGGUGAAAAGGGCGAUGGCUACGCCUCAACCACCGAUCUGUCCAAAAGCCACCGCACAAAACAACGGCGGAAGUGCUGCGGCCUGUCAUUACCUAUUUUCAUCCUCGUCCUUGUUGUCAUCAUCAUUCUCAUUGCCGCCGCUGUAUUAAUACCCAUAUUCCUAAUUCUUGUACCAAAACAACACCGAUCUGCCAGCCUCAGCAACUGUGCUGCCAGUCAUCCUUGUCGCAAUGGGGGAACCAGCAUAGUGAGCAACGACGCUUGCGUCUGUGUCUGCUCCAACGGGUUUACCGGGAGCCAGUGUGAAACGUCGGAAAACACAGGGGAUUGUAUGACCAUUACGUUGAAUGACGGGGAUAACGAGUACAAAAAUGCAACCAUGGGCCUAUCGAUCCUCCCAACCCUUUCGGAUGCACAGACGCGGUUCGACAUCGCUCUCAACAUCUCGACGAUAUUAUCACUUUUCUCGUCCCACAAUCUGUCCUGUACGGGUGAAAAUUCUCUGGUGGACUUCAACUCAAGUGUUUCGAACCUGGGAACAAGGAGGACGAGACGAUUCAUCAUGCUACCUGGCUUUGAGCCCAAUCCGCCUGUGAUCAACAAGCCUCAUCUACCUCAAGUAACUGCACGUGCAGAACCAGCCUGCUCAGGAUCAUCUCUUGAGAGGAGACAGGAUGGUGGCGACGCAGGAACUUCGACUUCUAAUGGAAUUGUCUUCCAAGCGAGCUCACCAAUUGUAGGGCCAGUCAGCCCAACAGAAGCUGUAGUCACUGGGACCUCGUCUGUCACGAGCGCGACUACAACGACUGACGCUGGUUCGGCCACAACAACGGCGUCACAAUCGCCCUCUACAACGAGCACUGGUGCCUCCGAACCUUCCUCGACAGCCAUCAGUAGCGAGAAGCUCGACUUUGCCAAAGUUGUCGUUCUCUUCGUCCUCCAAGAGUCUCAAGGCAUGACUGCAGCGGUAAACGCCCAGCAGCGCAUAGACUCGUUCUUCGCUCAGCAGACAAAGGGCAACGCCACAUCCGACAAGGUGGACGUUGGGUUUGAAAGCUUAGCACUCACGGCAAACUUUGACAAAUUCACCAUUAUCGAGGGCGAUGGACAGGUCGUGGGUGGAAAAGAGGGUUCAUAG